AUGUCGGAUACUGGUUCAAAGGGUAAAACCCUUUAUGAUAAAAUUUUUGAUGCUCAUCUUGUCCAUAGAGAUGAUUCGGGUUCUUAUUUAAUUUACAUCGAUAGACAUCUGGUUCAUGAAGUUACCUCUCCUCAAGCUUUCGAAGGUUUGAAAAAUGCUGGAAGGAAAGUUAGAAGAAUUGAUUGUACUUUAGCUACUGUAGAUCAUAAUAUACCAACAGUUUCAAGGAAAAAUUUCAAGUCAACAAAGACUUUUAUUAAACAGUCUGAUUCAAGGCUACAAGUUGAAACUUUAGAGAAUAAUGUGAAAAAUUUCGGUGUAAAAUUCUUUGGUAUGACUGAAUCAAGACAAGGUAUUGUUCAUGUUAUUGGUCCUGAGCAAGGUUUUACUCUACCUGGCACUACUGUGGUUUGUGGCGAUUCUCAUACCUCCACUCAUGGUGCUUUUGGUGCUUUAGCCUUCGGUAUUGGAACUUCAGAAGUAGAACAUGUAUUGGCCACUCAAACCAUUAUUCAAACAAGAUCCAAAAAUAUGAGAAUAAAUGUAGUAGGUUCUUUGAAAAACGGAAUCACUUCGAAAGAUUUGAUUUUACACAUAAUUGGUGUCAUCGGUACUGCUGGUGGUACUGGUUGUGUUAUUGAAUUUGCAGGAGAGGCUAUAGAAAAGCUAUCAAUGGAAGCCCGUAUGUCAAUGUGCAAUAUGUCAAUUGAAGCAGGUGCAAGAGCAGGUAUAAUUAAACCAGACCAAACCACUUUCGACUACGUUAAAGGUAGACCAUUAGCUCCAAAUGGUGACGAGUGGGAAAAAGCUGUUGCUUAUUGGAAAACUUUAUAUACAGAUGAUAAUGCAAUCUUCGAUAAAGAAGUUACCAUUUUGGCAGAAGAAAUUGUUCCAACUAUCACUUGGGGUACUUCUCCUCAAGAUGCACUUCCAAUUUCUGCUUCCGUUCCAGAUCCAGCUAAUAUAGAUGAUCCAAUCAAAAAAAUGAGCAUGGAGAGAGCUUUGAAAUACAUGGGUUUGGAGGCCAACACCCCACUAAAAGAAAUAAAAGUCGAUAAAGUAUUUAUUGGUUCUUGUACAAAUUCAAGAAUUGAGGAUCUACGAAACGCAGCAGCUGUAGUCAAAGGGAGGAAAAUAGCUCCAAAUAUUAAAAGAGCCAUGGUGGUUCCUGGUUCUGGUUUAGUGAAAAAACAAGCUGAAUCCGAAGGUCUAGAUAAAAUAUUUUUAGAGGCUGGUUUUGAGUGGAGAGAAGCAGGUUGCUCGAUGUGUCUGGGUAUGAAUCCAGAUAUCUUAGAUCCACAUGAAAGAUGUGCUUCAACUUCAAAUAGAAAUUUUGAAGGUCGUCAAGGUGCAUUAUCCAGAACCCAUUUAAUGUCACCUGCUAUGGCCGCAGCUGCUGGUAUACAUGGUCACUUUGUAGAUAUUAGAGAAUUUGAAUACGAAGAUAAAGAUAGUCCAAAAAUUUCAGUAAAUGGUGGAAAAGACGAUGAAGCUCUGCAAGAGUCGGUAUAUAAGCAUGAGAAGGAGCCAGUUCAGCCUACUGAUGCACCAGAAGAAGUUGCAGAAGAUGAAAUAGAUGAUAUUCCUAUUUCGACUACUACAAAGAGUGAUCCAGCUCCAUCGGGAAUGAAGCCAUUCACUGUUUUGGAAGGUAUUGCAGCUCCAUUGGAUAAACAAAACGUUGAUACGGAUGCUAUCAUUCCUAAGCAGUUCUUGAAAACUAUAAAAAGAACUGGUUUGAAGUCCGGAUUAUUCUAUGAAUGGAGAUUUGCAAAGGAUGACGAAGGCAAUGAUCAGGAAACAGAUUUCGUUUUAAAUGUUGCACCUUAUAGAAAAGCUGAAAUUCUGGUUGUUACAGGUGACAACUUUGGUUGUGGUUCAUCAAGAGAACACGCGCCUUGGGCUUUAAAGGAUUUUGGUAUUCAAUGUAUUAUUGCACCAUCUUUUGGUGACAUUUUCUACAAUAACUCCUUCAAGAAUGGAUUACUUCCUAUAAGAUUGGAUCAAGAUGUAAUUUUACAAAAAUUAAUUCCAAUUUCUAGGGAAGGAAAGAAUCUGGUAGUUGAUCUACCUAAACAACAAAUAUUGGAUUCCGAUAAUAACAUUCUAGUAGAUCAUUUUGAUGUAGAGGAGUUUAGAAAGCAUUGUUUGGUAAACGGUUUGGAUGAUAUUGGUAUUACAAUGCAAAAGGAUCAAUUCAUAUCUAAAUAUGAAGAAAUGAGAAAAAGAAAAUUCUCAUUCCUUGAAGGUGGUUCUACAUUAAUUCGUCCAAUUGUGGGUACAAAAAAGAGUCCAUAUGGUGUCCAGGUACAAGAAUGGUAG